UGUGUUUUAAUUGUGACAGUGUAUUGCAGAUGUAAACAUUGGGAAACUGCCAUAACGAACUUCAAAAGUCAAAUUAUUCAAAAGUUUGUCAAACAAGAAACGUCUUCCAUGUAUGAUUGCAUUUGGAUCUGAAAGUUUAUGGUUAUAUUUUUGUCACUAUGAAUGCUUCUAAGUAUUAUGAGUUAUAUAACGCAGAAUUUGCGAAAGCAAAACAAUUAAUUGAAUGUGAUAAUUUGACAUACCUAGAUGAUCAUUCACACCACUACCCUUUUCUUUGCAAAACCCAUGCGCUUCACCAACAGGAACUUCAUAGAUACCUUCUUGAUGUUUAUUUCAAGCGUGAUUUGUUCGAAAAAUGCAUCACUCUUCCUCUCCACACUUCUAUCAUUGCUGGAGAUUUAGCUACUUUUAAGUAUCUUUUUGCUAAUAUUAAUACGAUUGAGCACGGCCACACUGUUCUUCAUUCGGCCAUUGGAUGUGGAAAUGUAGAAUUAGUGCAGUUGCUUUAUCAGAACGGUGUUGAUGUCAAUUGGAAGUACGAUAAUAAUUAUUAUCCAUUGCAUAUUGCAGCUGCUAUAGGAUACAAAGAUAUGGUAUGUUUUCUUUUACAACGUGGGGCUCUAGUGAAUAUGCAGGACAUGUUUGGAGAUUCAGCUUUGAGCCUUGCGGUUAAAGGAGGGUAUUUGAAUGUUGUUUUAGAACUGUUGAAGUACAAACCGAGUGCUAAUAUUUUAAGUAAAUCGCUCAAGUAUGCAUUUUCUAGAUCCGGUGAUGUAUUCAUUGAUAUUAUUGAAGCUCUUCUUAAAUAUAUAGUUUUAAACGAACAUCCAACUGUUGUGUGUGAAGUAUUGAAUCACAGAAUUUGUUGGGUUAAAAAUGGACAAAAUUGUAGUUAUACGCUUUUACAAUCCAUAGCUAUCAGAAAACAAACUAAACUCAUGAAGUUGUUAAUUAGUUAUAAUGUCGAUGUAAAUGCACGUGAUGAUCUUGGUAGAACAGCUUUGCACUUUUUUAAUAUCUAUGACGAGUGCCCAUACAAAUGCCCAAGAGAGUCUUUUGCAUGGUCUAAAGUCGAUUGCGCUGAGUUAUUAUUAAAGAAUGGCGCUGAUAUAAAUGCUCAAGAUAAUCUUGGUUGUACACCGCUUCAUUAUGCUGCCAAAAAUGGUCACAUCGAACUUCUAACCAUUUUGUUACUGCACAACGCUGAUUUGAAUAUAAAAGAUAAAAAUGGAUGGACUCCUCUGCAUGAAGCUACUGCUGGAUUCCAUGGUUUCUGUGUUAAAGUUUUAAUAGAGAAUGGAGCUGAAAUCAAUUGCAAGACGAAUAACAAUGAAACACCAUUGCACAUAUGUGCUAAAAAACCUGAUACUCAAUUUUUAACUAAAAUCCUUCUCGACUACGGAGCAGAUAUUAACGCAACUGAUAUUAAUGGCAAUACAGCCCUCCAUAUUGCUUCGGAUAAACAAAAUCAUUUUCAAAUGCUUCUGGACUAUGAGGCUGAUAUAAAUGUUAUCAAUAACAACAAUGAAACUUGUUGUAAAUACGAUACCGAUAGAUUUUUCAUGAUACACUUUAUAGUCAGAUUGGUAUUUCAACGUUUAGAAGUCAAUGAACAAAAUUUAGCAGUUGUGCAACAGUGGUUCCGUGCAGAUAGAACAAAAACACUUAUCGAAAUGAUUUAUUGCGUAUGGGAAAUUAGAAACAUGUCCGGGGAAGUAAUUAAUCAUACUAACAUAACUUUUAAUGAUUUCAUACUAAAAGAUAUACCGUCGAUAGUGAAGUUAAUUCAAAACAAACAUGUUUUGGAAGCUUUAGAAACUAGUAGAUAUGCAUCCAAGUAUCCAUUGCAUGCUCUUUUCAUAAAAUGUAAGCUUACAAGAGCUCUUCUGAGGAAGAGAUUAGUAGAAGACUGUCAUAAGAUUUCACAUAUUAUUUUUCCCUUUUUGCCGCACAUUUGUGUUGCACAAAUUUUAAGUAAUUUGGGAAACAUCGAAUUGAUUCGUUUGAUGGUUGCUGCUGAAUCUCAGGGAAAAUCAUUACAGGUAAAAAUGAGAUAUAAUUUAUAAGAGACAGGGAAGAUUUCUUUUUUAUUAUGUAACAACGACUGAUUUUAAA